AUGAAAUACUUUUGCCGCCGGUUUGAUGGUGGUUACGUUCCGGCAGAGCUUGGUGUGGCAAAAUUCAGCAUUGAAGAUGGUGUAAAGGACCAGCUGCACAUGCAUAUCAAUCCCGUCAGCAUUCCGAUCGGUAUGCAAUACGAGGCACAGCAGCAUGCCAAUACCCACGGGUUGCCGCUCCCGCCACACGCGUUGGGUGGAACAAACAUGAACGAAAUAGCGCAGAAGUUGCUUACCUUCCUGGAUGUGAAAAAGGAAAUUCCUCUGCUGUUCACCGAUGCGAAGAACAUACCGCAGGUGGAACAAAUGCUCGGCGAAAUUUUGGGGUAUCAUAUCAAUGGGAAGACGUUGUACAUUGGCUCCAUGGCUGAGUUGUUGUUUCAGCUAAAACAAGCUGCGGAAUAUCACAUGAUGAGUUUGAAGGUCUUUCCCUCAGUCACAAAAGCGCAGCAGUUCUUAGAUGACACUACUUUAAUCUUGACGACGGGCAUUAGCUGUGAAUAUCAUGAGUCUCUCGAGUUUGUAGCGGAGUGUGCAUUGUCCGAAUGUUUGUGUUGGUCGUACACAGCUACGCUGAGUUGCUGCCUGGAAAUGAUUGUCGAGCCACUCCCAGGCAAGCAUUACCCGUACCAUUUGGACCCCAAGCGGCUUUAUAUGCUACGUCAGAAGUUUGCUAUAAUGGAUCUGCAGCAGAUACAAUCGCGGAAGAAGGAGUCUGACCAUAGCAAACCGGCAAACAAGCGCCCGCAGAUCAGCAAUAGCAAUAUAUAUUAUCAGCGCGUCGAUCAGCUGACGCCGCAAUCUUUGGAGGAACGGACGGACUUCCGAUGUUCGAUCGAGCCCGAAAUGGGGUACAUCGAUUUACGUGUGGGAGACACCGGUCGUCGUACGUUUGACCGACACCAUACCCAUUAA